AUGGCCAUCCCAACCCCUCAAAAAACAGUCCUACUCCUAAUCGACAUCCAAGCCGGCUUCGCCCAAAACCCCUACUGGGGCACAACCCGCUCAAACCCCUCCUUCGAACCCAACGCCUCCCUGCUCCUCACCACCUACCGUAAGACCCUCCUCCCCUCACCCAACCACAAAAUAAUCCACGUCCACCACUCCUCCAUCCACCCCACAUCCCCUCUACACCCCUCAUCACCGGGCAUGCAACCAGCCGCCUACGCAUUGCCGCUCCCCUCGGAAGAACCCAUCUACUACAAAAGCGUAAACUCGGCCUUCAUCGGGACCCCUCUGUCAGCACUGCUAGAAACGCACUUCGGGGCCACGGGAGGGAGAUUGUACGUAGCGGGUUUGACGACGGAUCACUGUGUUUCAACGUCGAUCAGGAUGGCAGCUAAUCUGUAUGCUGCGGAUGGGAGAGAUGAGCAGGGGAAGGUGAUUGAGGGGAGGAAGGGAGAGGUGGUUUUGAUUGAAGAUGCGACUGCGGCGUGGGCGAAGGGUGAUUGGGAUGCGGAGACGGUGCAUAAGGUUCAUGUUGCGAGUUUGAAUGGGGAAUUUGCUAGGGUUGCGAAGACGGGGGAUGUAAUAGGGGAGUGGGAGGCGUUGAAGGGUGUGACAUGAAGAAAAAAAGAAUUGAAGUAAUAUAUCACUCGACCAAGAACACCACGAGCAUAGACAAGGUAAGAAAGUCAUGAAAUCCUUACAUGCA